AUGGCAGAAGGAAUUAUGUUUGACGUUGCAGGGAAAAUCAUAGAGCAGUUGGGAUCAUUGGCUGUCCAUGAAAUCGGACUGGCAUGGAGUGUUGAAGAUGAAGUUAGCCAACUCAAGGACAUUGUGAGCACUAUCCGAGGGAUACUUCUUGACGCUGAGGAGCAGCACAGCAAGAAGAAUAAUGAGGUGACAGGUUGGCUUCAGAGGCUCAAAGAUGCACUCUAUGAUGCAGAUGAUUUGCUAGAUGAUUACUACUCUCAAUUUCAGCAGCGAAAGGUAAUGACUAUGAAUAAAAUGGAAAAAGAGGUACGAAUCUUCUUCUCUAAGUCUAAUCAGAUUGCAUUUAGUAUUAAGAUAGCUCAUAAAAUGAAGAAAAUUAAGGAUACACUAGAGAGUAUUUACAAAGCGAGACCACCUUCCCUUAGUGUACGUUUUGUUGAUGAAAAAGGAGUUGUAAAUUUGGAAAGGGAAACACACUCUUUUAUACAUACAGAAAAGGUUAUUGGGAGAGGUGAUGAGAAAAAUAAUCUUAUGCAACUUCUAUUGGACUCAAAUGAUGAUGAGAAUGUUUCAGUUAUUUCCAUAUGUGGGCUUGGAGGAUUAGGAAAGACCACACUUGCUCAACUUGUAUACAAUGAUGAAAAUAUCAUAAAACAUUUUCAAUUAAGGAUGUGGGUGUGUGUGUCUGACGAAUUUAAUGUAAAAUUAAUUAUAGAAAAGAUCAUAAAAUCUAUAACUAAUAAGGAGCCUGAAAAGCUUGAAUUGGAUCAAUUACAAAAAUGCCUUCGCAAAGAAAUUGAAGAUCAAAGAUAUUUACUUGUUUUGGAUGACAUAUGGAAUGAGGAUCCCAAUACAUGGGACAAAUUAAAAAAUUUGUUGUUGAAUGGUGCAAGAGGAAGCAAAAUAUUAGUCACUACACGUAGUGAGCAGGUUGCUAAGGUUACUAGUAAACAUUCAUUUCAUAUCUAUCCCUUGAGAGAGCUAGCUUCUUGGUCCUUAUUUGAGAAAGUAGCCUUUGGACAUGAGAUAGAGUCAAAAGAUCCAAACCUAGUAGAGAUUGGAAAGGAGAUUGUAGCUAAGUGUGGUGGAAUUCCUCUUGCUAUAAUGACAAUAGGACACUUACUUUAUGGUAAUAAUAAGGAAGAUGACUGGUUACAUUUCAAGGAUAAUGAAAUGUCAAAAAUAAUUCAUAAGGAAAGUGAUAUUUUACCUAUACUCAAGCUUAGUUAUGAUCAUCUUUCCUCGCACUUGAAGCAAUGUUUUGCCUAUUGUGCAUUGUUUCCCAAAGAUUAUAAGAUUGAGAAGCAAAAUCUUAUCCAUCUUUGGAUGGCGCAAGGGUUUCUUCAAGGAUCAAACAAGAAUGAAUGUCCAGAAGCUAUUGGUAAUAAGUAUUUUAUGACCUUACUUUUAAGGUCAUUUUUCCAAGAUCCAGAAUAUGAUGAAUGGGGCAAUAUAAUUGCAUGUAAAAUGCAUGAUCUUAUGCAUGACCUUGCACAGUCAGUUGCAGGAAUUGAAUGCAGCAUGGUAGCAUUAGAUACGAUUGAAAGUGUGGAUGUAAAAUGUCGUCAUUUAUCACUUGAUUGUGGUGAAAUAAGUCGAUCAUGGAAAUUUCCAACUGCAUUGUAUAGGGCCAAAAAUAUAAAGACUUUACUUUUAUUGGAUCAAUUAAAAUGGGAAAACAAAGUGGAUGAUGGUUAUAAAAUUUUAACAAGUUAUAGGCACUUGCGAACAUUGAAUUUUGGAGGAAUAAGGUUUCAAAAUUUGUUUACUUGGAAUGGUAAACUGAAGAGCUCAAUUGCUAAAUUGGAGCAUCUACGAUAUCUAAAUUUUUCAAAUAUGGAUAUUAAAUCUUUUCCUAAUUCCAUUUUGAGACUAUGGAAUUUGGAAACAUUAGAUGUAUCCUAUUGUAGAGAGCUUAUAGAGCUACCAAGAGAUAUUAGUAAAAUGGUGAACAUGAGGCAUCUUAUAAACAAAGAAUGUUAUUCUUUAUUGGGAAUGCCACAUGGACUGGGGCUUUUAACUAAUCUUCAAACACUAUCACUAUUCGUAGCAAGUGAGACAAAUAGUUCGGCCAUCAGAAAAAGCAAAUACAGUGGGAUAGAUGAAUUAAAUAGCUUGAACAAUUUGAGGGGAGAACUAUAUCUUCUAAAUUUAAAAUACGUUGAAAAUGGAAGGUUGGCCAACUUAAAUGAAAAAAGAUUUCUUCAGUCUCUUAUACUAGAUUAG